GUUGUCGUCUCCCGGUCGCGUCUCUCAGCGCCGCAGGCGAGGGGGCGGCGCGGGGCCUCUGCCCAAAGCCCAUGGGGCGCCGGAGAGCGGGGUGCUGGAGCGCCCGGCGGGCCACGACCUGACACGCUGAGGACGCCUUGGCUGCGAGCGGGCAGCCCUGAAAUGGCGAAAGCUCCACUCCCCGCUGGCACGUGCCGAUUUGGUGGUGCUCAGCGGCACAUGCAGAAUGUCCUCAGAGACUCCGUCGAGAGCUCCGAUGAUGAAUUCUUUGAUGCACGAGAAGAGAUGGUGGAAGGAAAGAGUGCUAUUCUCAUAGGCAUGAGCCAGUGGAACUCAAAUGACCUUGUUGAGCAGAUAGAAACAAUUGGGAAGCUUGAAGAACAAGGUGAAUUAUAUAGAGCCUCUUUAAGAAAACAAAGGUUCCCUGCACAAGGCAGUAUUGAAAUACAUGAGGACAAUGAGGAAGGAGUUCAACACCAGAUCUGCAAAACUCAUGUAUUAAUUUUGAUUCUACACGGGGGGAACAUAUUAGACACUGGAGGUGGAGACCACAGCACCAAGCUGGCRGACAUCAACACCUUCAGUUCCGUGUUUGAGAAGGUGACCCGAGCCCAUUUCCCUGCCUCUUUGGGCCACAUCUUAAUGAGACUUGUUCCCUGCCCAGCAAUCUGUUCAGCAGCUUUCUCCCUUGUUUCCAGCCUAAAUCCCUACAGCUAUGAUGAGAGCUGUCUGAGCAGCAGUGAAGACCACAUCCCCCUGGCUGCCUUGCCUUUGCUGGCUGUUUCAUCUCCUCAGUACCAGGAUGCAGUUGCCAUGGUGAUCAGUAGAGCCAAUCAGGUUUACAAUGAGUUUCUCAAAUCUACUGAUGGGGCUGGUUUUAAUGGACAGGUAUGUCUCAUAGGUGACUGCAUUGGAGGAAUUUUGGGCUUUGAUGCMAUCUGCUAUAAUUCUAAUACAGCUUACGAGAGUCGGAACAGUAGCAGGAGAGGAAGCAUCAGCAGCAUCCAGGAUAAUCCACUCCUAGCAGAGGACUCCAAUCUGUGUGAUGACAAACACCUGAGCAAAAGCAAUACUGACAUCUCAGGAAUGAUGGAGGAUGAGAAGCAAAGGCAGCCGCUGCCUCGGAAAGGGAGUGACUCUUCCACGUUUGACUGUGACACUAUAACACAGCACCAUGCUUUCCUCUCUAGCAUCCACUCAAGUGUGUUGAAAGAUGGUCCAGACCUUCCGCCAGUGGAUUCCACUCUCUCAGAAGUAAAUCUGGGCCGUUUUGAAUUUGAGGUGUCUGAUUUCUUCCUUUUUGGAUCACCUCUUGGUUUGGUGCUGGCCAUGAGGAGCACUGUUCUGCCUGGCCUGGAUGUWUGCCAGGUCCGACCAGCCUGCAGCCAAGUGUACAGUUUCUUUCACUCUGCUGACCCCUCUGCAUGCAGACUUGAACCAUUGUUGGAGAAAAGAUUCCAUCUCCUUCCUCCAUUCAGUGUCCCACGGUACCAGAGAUACCCACUCGGGGAUGGAAGAUCUCACCAGUUAGGUGAUGCUCUCCACAAUCACAGUGGUCUGUUCCUUGAGAAUAGCUCUUUGAACAUACCUUUCUCUCAGGAGAGUCCUGGAUCUCCAAAUGCAUCUGAUCGACCGCAAGGGAAAGCAAGAAAGUUGAGCUUGGGCAGCACAAMCAGUGAAAACUCUGGGUCAACUGAAAGCUUGUCAUCAGCAUGCCUCACCAACAUUACUGCAAAGUGGUGGGGAACAAAACGAAUAGAUUAUGCCUUGUAUUGUCCAGAUGUGCUGACAGCCUUUCCAACGGUGGCCCUGCCACAUCUCUUUCAUGCUAGCUACUGGGAAUCAACAGAUGUUGUGGCCUUCAUUUUAAGACAGGUGAUGAGGUAUGAAAAUGUAAAUUUUAAGGAAAAUGACAACCUGGACCCAGAAACGCUAAGUCCAUCCAAUCCGCGAGAAAAAUGGCUACGCAAAAGGACACAUGUCAAAUUGAGAAAUGUGACUGCUAAUCACCGAGCUAAUGAUGUCAUUGCAGCAGAAGAUGGUCCUCAGGUUCUAGUUGGGCGCUUUAUGUAUGGACCUCUGGACAUGGUGGCUUUAACAGGUGAAAAGGUGGAUAUCUUUGUAAUGACUGAGCCAUCCUCGGGUAGGUGGGUGUAUUUUGACACAGAGAUAUCCAACAGCAGUGGACGAAUAUCCUACAACAUACCUGAACAGAAGAAACUGAGAGUUGGUGUGUAUCCCAUCAAAAUGGUGGUCAGAGGGGACCAGAGCAGUGCUGCCAGUUACCUGACUGUACUUCCCCGAGGAAUGGAAUGCGUUGUGUUCAGCAUUGACGGUUCCUUUGCAGCAAGUGUUUCAAUUAUGGGAAGUGACCCCAAAGUCCGAGCAGGGGCCGUUGAUGUUGUCAGGCAUUGGCAGGACCUGGGAUAUCUGAUUAUCUAUAUCACCGGCCGUCCAGAUAUGCAAAAACAGCGUGUGGUUUCAUGGUUGUCCCAACACAACUUCCCACAAGGGAUGAUCUUCUUCUCAGAUGGACUUGUUCAUGACCCACUGCGACAAAAGACCAUUUUUCUCCGGAAUCUCAUGCAAGAGUGCCACAUCAAAAUCUGUGCCGCGUAUGGUUCCAUGAAGGAUAUUUCUGUGUACAGUGUCUUGGCUCUGUCGCCAUCCCAGAUCUACAUAGUUGGACGACCCACUAAGAAGUACCAGGCACAGUGCCAAUUCCUCAGUGAAGGCUAUGCAGCCCACUUGGCCUCUCUGGAGUUCAGUCUCCAUUCACGAUCCAAAAAGAACAACUCUCGGAUGAUCUUGAGGAAAGGCAGCUUUGGCCUCCACUCCCARCCUGAGUUUUUGCGCAAGAGAAACCAUCUCCGCAGGACUAUGUCCGUACAGCAACCUGACCCUCCUUCUCUGAACCCCAAGCCAGAGCGUGCUCAGAGCCAACCUGAAUCAGACAAAGAUCAUGACAGGCAUUUGCCCUCCGUUGCUUGGGUUCGAGGUGGAGUUCACAAAUUUGAAUCUGUUCCCUAGGAGGAUUGGGAAUGUAGAUCUCGGGUGCACCCCAUUAAAUUUGUAGGCACGCCUCAACGAUAGUAUUUAGGCAGCUCCAAACUAUGGGAAGUAGAUGGGAACCUGUACCGUGGAGUCUUCCCUGUUCCAACAUCUGCCUUCUUACACCAAGUGGGGCACUUCCAGUCUCUUCCUCUUGUCAUAUUUAUUGGAAAAGUUUGAAACAAUCUAAAACUAACGCAAGUUUGUCAUCACAGCAACAGGAAAUAUUUCUGGUUAUUUUUUUAGAACAGAUAUAAUACGUGCAAUAAGAGGAAAAGUUAUUAGUUUUACUCAGAAGUAUUAUGGUAUCAGCUACCUAGGUGCACCCAAAACAGUAUAAAUGGUAGGUUACAGAGGUUUACACUACAGACAUUAAAUAAUCUGUUUCCACGUCACAUUUCAAUAAAACUAUAAAGGGAGGCAGCAGUGGGAACUACAAUAACAGGUGGUUAGAAUUUGAAUAACAAGAUGCUUUUUGGGUGCCUUGAACCCAAGAUUUCCUUUCAGCCUACAGUGUUAGUCAGCAGACUCUAACGCAGAGUCUGAUGACCUCAUGUUUGUGAGGUGCUGGGCAAAUAAACGAGAGAACUUCACUUGUGAACCAAACAUACAAACUUCAUGUUAAAAAUAAAUGUGUUUGCUGCAGUUUGAACACAGUUAGUGUUGUUGUAAACAAAGUAGUGUGCAACUGUACAAAGAUCACAUUGUUUGUGGACCUUGUUGACUGCAAAAAUGUGUGGACUACUCCAAAGACAAUGGUUCUUAUCUUCUCAGUCCGAGAGUCAGAUCCUAAGAAGGCAAGUUAAAGGGAACCAUUUUACUAAGGGAUCUACAAACUUCACAGCAAUUACUUUUUUAAUUAUUCUAACUAGAAUCUUUACACAGGAAGAAAAAAAAAAAGGUAAUGAAGUAAAUUGGUAAAUUGUUUACCUUCUCAUGAUUUACAGCAACUGCUGUGUUAAGACAAUCUGUAGCAUUCAGAAUUACAGCAUUUGAGCUUCAAAGAGCAGACAUGCAAAAUUACAGGUGCCAAAUAGACUUUUUUCUACUGAAUGAAAUUUCUCUCUGAUCUCUCAAUGGACUUACUAGAAAUAAAAUGUGGGUCAUUUUCCCUAAGUAGUAAUAUUUCUAAAGUGUUAUAUAGUAGCAGYUUGCAGAUUCUUCAUGCAGAUACUUCUCAGAGAGAAACUCAUCAAGAUAACUGCAAUGACUGAACUAAUGCAUGUUUUAAAACCUGCARUGAAGUUACAAGUGCACAUAAAAACCCCAGUUUUUAGAAUUAAAACAGACUGCUGACACUGGGAAAGCUUGAAGUCAAUAGGGUAUUUCUUUUUCAGGUUUGUGGUUUGUCUUUUAUUUCAGGGAAUUGAGGUGGAGAUGGUGUUGUGCCUCUCCACCACCCUUUCAGGUUUUGCUAGACCAGAAACAGUCUCUCAACAAGUUGGUUAAUAAUUUUGAAAGUUAAUGUGUAAACCAAAAAAUGCAAUAGAAAACUAAGACAAUGCAGAAGUAAACCUAAGUCUAUACUCCCUGUUAAUCCCAAAAUUUCAGUGUGCUUUUGGAAAGGCAUAGGAGUGUAGCUUUUGGCUUAAGAGACAGCAAAAUAGCUUGUAAGUGGAGAUCUUUGGUUUAUGUUUUCAGACAUUACUUGAAAAGAUUGUCAGUUAUCUAUUUCAAAUUUCUUGAAAUAUCUCUGGCACAUYAGUAUUUUUUUUUUAAUAACACUUUCUUCAAGGGAAGGGGAAUCUCUGCUGACGGUUAAGGAAAGAUGUAAAACAUUGGGUAGCAAACACUUAUUUUGGGCAGGUAAAUACAUUACAAGGGGCUAGAGUUUUAUGCUCUGUUUCCGAGUCAGCCAGCUACAAAAGCUAAAUGGAAGGCAGUUCGCAAACUACAUUGAAGCAGUCCUCACAUUUACAAAUCCUUUCCCAGUAGUAUCAUAGUUCUUGAACCCAUGAUAUUGGAAGAAUUAUUCUGUGUUCUGUCUUGGCACCCUGCRUGUAUUAAUUCUAAUCACUUAGAAUGAUUCUUCUCCUGCGCUCUGCACUAAGAGGAGGUCGCACGGGUGCACCAGACUCCAUCUCUUUCCAGUGAGUUUACUGUUAGCACGCUUGGUAGUUUUAAGUAGGCAUGGGAAUCCAAGGCUCGUGCGAGAGGAACUCGCUAGGAGAAUUGUAAGUUUGCUGAGAAGUCUAAAAUACUGACACAUCAAAAAGUUUUUUUUAAGCACUGGAUAUUGUGUAGCAUGUCUCCUGACAGUAAUCGCUAUUCCUGUUCAAAGCUACUGUUGCUUUAGCCAUCUACCUCGAUCAUCCAAAAGACUUGAAAACCUGUUUUUGUUUUAAGUUGCUGUAGUAGAAAGGUCUGCUUCCUUUCAAAACACGGAUCUGUGUGUAAUUCUGUGACUGUAUUGAAGGAAAUAGUGUCUGAGUACAAGGUUAGAAAAAUCUCAUAAGUUAUAAAGGGCUGUCUUCUACUCUUGGAGACAUAGUCUCAUUUUGCAGGAUACCACGUCAUGAAAACUCUGAUUUUGUGUAUUUCUAUUAACAGCUGGGUCACCUUUGCAGUAGUCACUGUUCUGGCUUCCCUUAAGAAUAUAAGGAACUAAUAGCAGUAAAAUGCACAUGCAUGCGCGUGUGUGUGUGUGUGUUAGACUAGAAACACUUUCAGUCUUUACACAUGGGAUUGAAAUCAAGCUGAAGAAAUUCUCCCUAAUUU